AGUGAAGUUCACUUCACUGUAUCUCGCUGUAUGGUGAUGAUGUUGAGUAGCUAUCCUGCAUUGCUCGCACGGUCAUGGAGACACACAAACCAUCACACCACGUCAAAGUUCAGUCUGGUCGUCGUUGUUGAAAGUACUAACCGGUUUUCACAACCACAGACACGUAAUAGUUACAGUAAAAGUAAUACCUCCGAGUUGGUAGGACUCCUCUUGACCUACAUCAUCGAAGAGGAAGAUGCAUUCUGGGCUUUGUCCCAACUCAUGACUGGACCACGGCAUCGAUUGCACGGGAUUUUUGUGAGCGGUUUCCCCGGUCUGCAGCGGUUGUUCACGCAUCACGAGCGUGUGAUCAAACGUCUACUCCCAUCCAUUCACAAACACUUCACACAACAGCAAAUGGUUACCAGCACGUAUGCGCUCAAGUGGUUCAUGCAAUGCUUUCUCGAUCGGGUAAGUCCUCUGACGUGUGUGUGUGUGUGUGUCUAA